AUGAACCGUGAAGACCGGAAUGUGCUGCGUAUGAAAGAAAGGGAAAGGCGAAAUCAAGAAAUUCAACAGGGUGAAGAAGCCUUUCCACCUAACUCUCCUCUCUUUGCUGAACCAUACAAAGUUACCAGCAAAGAAGACAAAUUGUCUAGUCGUAUUCAGAGCAUGCUUGGUAAUUAUGAUGAAAUGGAGGAUCUUAUAGGAGAUAGAUCGCUACAAAAGCUUGUUGUAAUUCCCAAACCAACCGUACCAUCAGCACCAGAUGAAAAAUCAAACCAAAGUUUCUUUGGUGAUCAGAGACAUAAUACUAGCUCACAUCAGAGCAGCAAAUGGACUCCUGUAGGACCAGCACCUAGCACUUCCUCGCAAUCUCAGAAACGGUCCUCGGGUUUACAGAGCGGACAUAGUAGUCAGCGUGGCAGUGGCAAUCACACUAGCAGUAGUGGCCAGAGGCAUGACCGUGACUCGUACAGUAGCAGCAGCAGCCGCAAAAAAAGCCAGCAUGGGUCCGAACACUCCAAACCCCGUUCUUCCAGCCCUGGAAAACCAUCUGCUGUUUCUUCGUUGAGCUCCAGCCAUUCGAGAUCUCAUGGAAAUGAUCACCACAGCAAAGAACAUCAACGUUCAAAAUCGCCCCGGGAUCCUGACGCCAACUGGGACUCUCCCUCCCGUGUACCUUCAUUUUCAAGUGGACAACACUCUAAUCAGUCUUUUCCACCUUCACUAAUGUCCAAGUCCAGUUCAAUGUUACAGAAACCCACUGCGUACGUAAGGCCAAUGGAUGGACAGGAAUCCAUGGAACCAAAGUUAUCCUCUGAACACUACAGUAGUCAGACUCACAGCAGCAGUAUGAAUGAGCUGAAGCCUAGCAGCAAAGCACAUCUAACUAAGCUGAAAAUACCUUCUCAACCACUAGAUGCAUCAGCAUCUGGUGAUGUGAGCUGCGUGGAUGAAAUUCUAAAAGAGAUGACCCAUUCUUGGCCUCCUCCACUGACUGCUAUUCAUACGCCAUGCAAAACUGAACCGUCAAAAUUUCCUUUUCCAACAAAGGAGUCUCAACAGUCCAGUUUUGGCACUGGAGAACAGAAACGAUAUAAUCCUUCAUCAAAAACAUCCAAUGGUCAUCAAUCCAAAUCUAUGUUGAAAGAUGACUUAAAACUUAGCAGUAGCGAAGACAGCGAUGGAGAGCAGGACUGCGAUAAGACAGUGCCAAGGAGCACACCUGGAAGUAAUUCUGAACCUUCACAACAUAACAGUGAAGGAGCAGAUAAUUCAAGGGAUGACUCGAGCAGCCAUAGUGGAUCUGAAAGCAGUUCGGGAUCUGACUCUGAAAGUGAAAGCAGUUCCAGUGAUAGUGAAGCUAAUGAACCAUCACAGAGUGCGUCCCCCGAGCCAGAGCCACCACCAACAAACAAGUGGCAACUGGAUAACUGGUUGAACAAAGUUAAUUCACAUAAAGUGUCACCAGCUUCUUCCGUGGACAGCAAUAUCCCAUCUUCCCAAGGCUACAAAAAAGAGGGACGGGAUCAGGGGACAGGGAGUGGGUACACUGAUCAAAGUGGAUCCAAGGAUUCGAUUUCUUCUACACCGGGGCGAGAUUCCAAACCCACCCAAAAGGGCUCGGAGAGCAGUCGCGGCAGACAGAAAUCACCUGCCCAGAGUGACAGCUCAACACAGAGGAGGACUGUAGGUAAAAAGCAGCCCAAGAAAGCAGAAAAGACAUCCGUUGAAGAGCCCAGAGGAGGUCUUAAAAUAGAAAGUGAAACCCCAGUAGACAUGGCAACAAAUAUACCUUCAAACAGGCAUAAGGCAGCCACAAAAGGCUCCAGAAAACCCAAUAUAAAGAAAGAGCCCAAAUCUUCCCCUCGGCCUACCACAGAGAAAAAGAAAUACAAGGCUUCAAGCAAAUCUGCCCAGAAAUCCAGGGAAUUCAUAGAAACAGAUACCUCAUCCUCUGAUUCAGAUGAAAAUGAGAGCUUGCCUCCUUCAUCACAAACACCCAAAUACUCUGAGAGCAAUAGGACUCCUGUUAAAUCUUCCAUGGAGGAGGAUGACAGCUUUUUUCGGCAAAGAAUGUUCUCUCCUAUGGAAGAGAAAGAGCUUCUUUCACCACUCAGUGAUCCUGAUGAAAGGUACCCACUUAUUGUGAAGAUUGACCUGAGCCUCUUAUCAAGAAUACCAGGGAAGCCUUACAAGGAUGCUGACGCACCCAAAGUGGAAAAGAAAAACGUGCCAGAGAAGCACGCGAGAGAAUCCCAGAAGCAGCCAUCUGACAAAAGUUCUACAAAAGGCAAAAGGAAACAUAAGCAGAAUGAGGAUGAAAACAGAGCCAGUGAAAGCAAGAAAACAAAACUGGAAGAAAAAGCUCCAUCAGGACACAAGACUUCUAGCAGUAGGGAGUCUUCAAAGCCAAGUGCUGUUAAAGAGAAGGAUUUACUGCCGUCUCCUGCUGCCCCAGUCCUGCAGAAAGAUUCCAAGCAAGAACAUGGGUCCCGGAAGAGGACGGUCAGUCAGUCGUCAUCCUUGAAGUCCAGCAGCAACCUUAGCAAGGAGAGUAGCAGUGGCAGUAAAAGCAGCUCAUCUUCUAAACAAAAGAAGACAGAGGGGAAGGGUUCUAGCAGUGCUAAAGAAUCCAAGGAAAAGAUUCUGAACAAUUCAUCAAACUGCCCUCCUGCGUCUGCUCAGUCUACGGAAGGUUCAAAGUCAAGAAGAGCAAAACUCGUUUUUGAUGAUAGGACUUACUCAGCUGAUCAUUAUUUACAAGAAGCAAAGAAGUUAAAACAUAAUGCAGAUGCAUUGUCUGACAGGUUUGAGAAGGCUGUGUACUACCUAGAUGCUGUAGUGUCAUUCAUUGAGUGUGGGAAUGCAUUGGAGAAAAAUGCUCAGGAAUCCAAGUCCCCGUUCCCUAUGUAUUCAGAAACUGUGGAAUUAAUCAAAUACACUAUGAAACUGAAGAAUUACUUGGCACCAGAUGCUACGGCUGCAGAUAAAAGGCUAGCAGUGCUUUGUCUUCGGUGUCAAUCUCUGCUAUAUCUGAGGCUUUUCAAACUGAAAAAGGAAAGUGCAUUGAAAUAUUCUAAAACUCUGACUGAACAUCUGAAGAAUUCCUAUAAUAAUUCUCAAGCACCGUCACCUGGUAUGGGAAGCAAGCCUGUCGGUAUGCCGUCUCCAGUCUCUCCAAAGCUGUCUCCAGGGAAUUCAGGAAAUUACUCUUCCGGGGCAGCCAACCCUUCAGGGAGUGGGUCUUCAGUGACGAUCCCCCAGAGGAUCCAUCAGAUGGCAGCCAGCUACGUCCAAGUAACGUCCAACUUCCUCUAUGCCACUGAGAUAUGGGACCAAGCCGAACAGCUGUCUAAAGAACAGAAAGAGUUCUUUGCUGAACUGGAUAAAGUUAUGGGCCCUCUGAUUUUUAAUUCAAGCAUCAUGACAGACCUAGUGCGUUACACCCGUCAGGGAUUACAUUGGUUGCGCCUGGAUGCCAAGUGAUAUUUUGAACUGAAGGAAUGGAAAGUCGAACACAUUUUUCUCGCUGCCUCUGAUUUAUCUCCACAACACUGUGUCAUGUCAAUAAGGAAGACUGCCAUAACACAUUGCUUAGUUGACACUAAGAGCAAGGAAUGCUUUCACAUGUCUCCCAUCCUCAUUUGUGUUUUGUGUUUUAACCCCAAAUUAUCUGGUUAAUGGACUUCUUCAGUAUUCCCGUUUUAAGUUAUUUAAAUAUUUUAAAAUUUGCUACAUAAAAAGGUGUAGUUUUGCUGAUCUAUCAUGGAUAGAUCAUUGGAAUUCCAGUCAUAAUACAUAAAUAGUCAGUUUAAAUCCUAUUUAUUUUAAUUUUUUUAAUUUUAAUUUUGAAAAGCCCAGUUUUGGGCAGUUUUUAGCUAUUUCUUCCCUGAAUUUACCCUUUUGAGUACUUAGCAGAAAUUAAACAUAGACACUUUAUUUAAGUACUUCGUGAGCUUUGUUACUCUGUAAUGUCUUGUGGUGGUAGAGCCUGUGAAA